UUGGGCCGGAAGCGCCAUACGUCUCGUGGCGGCAGAUAGUAUAGACUUUUUUUGCUUUUCUUUUACUGUCUUUGAUAGACAGACAGUACGGACACCGCCACCUGCCUACGCUAUUAAACAACAAGAUGCUGCCAGCUCCGGGAACUCUGCCAUGACCAUGAGACGUUUCACUCCCAGCGACUGGAUGUUCACAUGCCCUGACCUGAUCGGAAGACUAUCGAUCCUCCUGGAAAGUCUCCACUCUUCACACCUGGGUGAACAUGUCCAUAGUAACAGUUCAGCUUGGUCAGUGCGGUAACCAAGUGGGUCACGAGCUGUUUGAUAUCAUCUGCAGCGAUGCUCUGGAGGGACAGAGGAAAGUGUACAGCACAGCCAGCUGUGAGCGAUUCUUCCACCAAACUACACAUGGAGAGCUUGUAGCCAGGGCGGUGCUGAUUGACAUGGAGCCCAAAGUGAUCAACCAGAGUAUCAGCAGGGCUGCAAAAUCUGGCAGGUGGAGGUAUGGAGAGUCUUCACACUUCAGCCAGAAGCAGGGCUCUGGAAACAACUGGGCUAAUGGGUACUGUGUCCACGGGCCUCGCCACAGAGCCGUGGUGGAGGAGCUGGUGAGGCGAGAGGUGGAGCGCUGUGACAGACUGGCUGGACUCAUGGCCAUGAUGAGUGUGGCGGGGGGAACGGGUUCCGGGGUUGGUACUUAUGCUACUCAGUGUCUCCGAGACAUCUACCCCAAGUCCUUUAUCCUCAACCACCUGACCUGGCCGUACGGGACUGGGGAGGUCAUUGUCCAGAACUACAACUCUGUGCUGACGCUGGCUCAUCUCUACCAGCUGUCAGACGCUAUCCUGGUGCAUGAGAACGACACAGUGCACAGGAUCUGCAGUCAGCUGCUCAACAUCAAACACAUUUCCUUCGGUGAUGUCAACGGGGUGAUCGCUCACCAGCUGGGCAGCAUCCUGCAGCCCGCGCUCACUGCUGACUCCCACGGAGUCUACAGCAGAAAUCCUCUGGGUGAGUUGGUGAGCGCCCUCACGUGCCACCCAGAGUACAAGUUGCUUAGUGUGUGCACGAUCCCUCAGAUGCCUAGUUCCUCCAUGGCCUACAGCACGUUCAGCUGGCCAAGCCUGCUCAAACACCUACGACAGAUGCUCAUCUCCAACACCAAGAUGGAGGAAGGUAUAGACUGGCAGGUGCGUCCACCGGCCGGCUCUGAGCGGACCAGGAGUUUCACAGGACCCAGCUUUAACACCUCUCUGGCCAAUCUGCUCAUACUGAGAGGGAAAGAGGUCUACAGCGCAGAAACAGGUGGCUUUGAGGACCCGGCCCUGUACACCUCCUGGCUCUCAUCAGAAGAAGCUUUCAACUUGUGGAAAUCCCCAGUGCCUUUCAAUAAGUAUGAAAAAUGUGCUACGCUGGUCAGUAACAGUCAGGCUCUGCUCAGACCUCUGGAUAACAUGGUGGGAAAAGCCUGGAAUAUGUUUGCGUCCAGGGCCUACAUCCAUCAGUACGUUAAAUUUGGGAUCUCAGAGGAGGACUUUCUAGACAGCUUUACAUCUCUUGAGCAAGUCAUCUCCAGCUACGGUCAACUGAGCUAGAAAUGGGAAAAACUAAUGAGCACCACCUGGCCUUCGGACUGCAUGUAGAUAUACGAGAAUAU